AUGCUUUUCGCUGUCUAUGUACUGUACCAUAUUUCCGCGGUUAUGUCGGCCGAUUAUCCUCACACUACAUCAACACUUCUCGGACUCGUGCAAAAGGGUAUAAACUCGCGUCAAGACUACAAAUUUCCUGAUCUUCAUAACCCACCGAACUUGUGGCGGAGGACAUCGGAAGAUGCCAAGCCCCCGGUGGUCCAUGUGGCCGCGCCCUUCUGUACCUAG